UCUCUCAGUUACCAGGCAUAUAAGGACCAAGAGCAACACAACAAGAGCAAGUCUGCUGUGGUGCGUCUCGUUUGAAAGGCACCAUGUGGAGCAUAUUACUCUUUCUCCUGGUCCAGCCUUUGCACACCGACAGCAUGGUCUGCCCUAACAGCUGCAUGUGCAACCUGGAGGGGGCCGUCAAAUGUGUGGGCAACAUCAGGGACGUGCCCAAAGGCAUGCCCACCAACAUGUACCUACUUCAGCUGAAUGGCACCAACAUGAAGGUUCUGAACGAACAGAGUCUGGCCAUGUUGCCCCUUAUGCUGCGUUUAGGCAUCAGCCACAGCCCCCUGGACACCAUCCACCCUGAGGCCUUCCAUGUGGCCCCGCAGCUCCUCUCCAUCAAGCUGUCAUCCAACGCCCUCUCCAGCCUCCCUUCCCGGGUGUUCAGCCCCUUGGUCAGCCUGGAGCAGCUGCAUCUGGAUGACAAUCGUCUGGAGUCCAUCGCUCCCGUGUUGUUCGAGUGUCUGGCCAACCUGAACGAACUGGACGUCAGUAACAACGCCAUCGCUCACCUCGCCCCCAAUGUUUUCCACGGACUGAGUAGCCUGCGCUAUCUCAACCUGGGGAGAAACUCCCUGCAGCAGCUGCCCCCCACCUUGUUCCACUCAUUGACGCGGUUGCAGUUCCUCAUGCUCUACAACAACAAGCUAGAGCGGCUAGAGGUGGGUGCCUUCGACGAGCUGGCCAACCUCCUGGAGCUCAAACUGCACAACAACCAGAUCGCAUACAUCCCCCCCGAGGUGUUCUGGGCCCUAGGCAACCUCAUGACACUCACCAUGUCCUCCAACCUGCUCCAGGGCGUCCCGGAUGAAAGCUUCUACAACCUUCCCAAACUCACCAAGCUCACUAUCUACAAAAACCCUCUGCUGUCACUGCCUGAUAAGUUGAUGGGCCAAAUGCCCAGGAUGAAGGAAUUCUACCUGUAUGACACCAACCUCAGCACCGUGCCCUGGAGCCUGUUUGCCAACAUGAGCGGGAUGGAGAGGCUCUCCCUGCACCUCAACAACAAGCUGAGGGAGCUGCCCCCUGACCUUUUUUGCUGCCUGCCCAACCUCCAGAAGCUUUCUCUCAAGUCCAAUGACAUCCAGGAUCUACAUCCAGAUAUCUUCUCCAAGCUGGCCAAUAUGAACACUCUGCUCCUGAAUGAUAACAAGCUUCGCUCCCUUUCUGAGGACAUAUUUAAGGGCAACCCCAGUUUGGCCAGCAUCGAGCUGAAGAACAACCAGCUGCAGACCCUUCCGGGGGAGGUCUUCUCUACUGCAGGGGGUUUAAGGGCUGUUACUCUGAGUGGUAACCCAUGGGACUGCAGGUGUGGCAUCAGAGACAUUGCAAGUUGGAUAAAGCUUAAUGAAGGCGUGGUUAGUGAUCGGACGGAUGUGAUAUGUCGUAAUCCGUACCCUCUACUUCUCCGCCCACUUGGUUCCCUACUCAACGAAGAGUUUAAGUGUGACGUUACCACACCCUCGAGCAGCCGCUCCACCCGCUCUUCGACCGAACUCAGCCAUGCCGUUUCCACUCCAGCUCUUGAGGAGCAAGAGGUGGUAGACUUCACAGCCACAACUACUGCACCCGAGGCUCCAUCAACCCAACAAACAGAAAAUCCCACUGAGAGUGUCCGGUUCACCACACCUGGGACUAGGCGCACAACAGCUGCCACACCGACCGCCGACGUUCUCGACAUUCUGGACGACGACUAUAUAUUCAAGCCUAUGGGCACCGACUCGCUCCCCGUCCAUGUCCUAUCCCCGCCGUUCCACGACAGGCUGGUGUUUGAGAACGGCCUCGAGUUUGUGCACAACAACCGCCUAAAGGGCUGGGUUUACCUGUGGACGCUGCCACCCAAUGGGGCUUACGUUGGUUUCCUCAUGGCUCUCCACAUCCUUCUAGUGGCCACAGGCGUGGCCCUGAUUCUGGCUGCCAUGUACGGGAUGUACCGUCUCCACCAGGCCACAGAAGACCUAGGAGCAAUACUCACAGGAAACAGGAAACACGCCAUCAUAUCAGAGAGGAAGCAGAAAGACCAAGAUAAACUGUAGCUUCGCCAAAUGCGAAGAUGAAGUACAGUAUGUGUCGAGAGUAUCAUUGUUGUGAAACAGUUUUUAAAAGAAUAGCGGAACAAGACCUUGGGAAACCUGUCAAUGUUUAAGCACAAGCCAACGCUGUCUGCAUUAUUUGAAGUUCGUUAGCAUUAGAAGAGUGUAACUGACAAUUUAUUCAUUUGGCAUAUCUCGUCUCCUCCCAGUGGUAGGAGCUUUAAACAACAGGAACAAACAAUGAUCCUCUCUCAACAUUGGUCCAAAGAGCCAGACCGUUAUGGAGUUAGGCUAGCUCUUUUUUAAUUAUUAUUGUGAAAAUAACGGAUGACGGUGUUGAUGACUACGCGGACCGAGCGAACAAUUUGUCAAUUCUAUUGGGUGAACCAUAUGUUCACUAAGCUGUGGGUAAAUUCACCUCUGGAGUACAAGCUAAGCAACCUUGUCUUACUCAUCAGGGUUUUCCAGUCAAUUAAUGGCCAUAUGGUGACCGUACGCAUUCUUUCAGCAAUACAACGAUUGGCAACAUCUAACCAGUGGAAAAUAACGUUGUCAUGGCUUAUUAGUUAGAUCGAGGUCAUACUGUUUCUGCAGCUGGGGAAAGUAAGCCGAACCGCAUGAAUAGAAAUGUCCUGAUGUCAUAAGAUUAUCUUAUUCCUGUCUUUCCCACUAGCAGCUAUGAGUGAUCCUAAUAUGCCUGUAUAUUUUACGCACGCACGCACACACACACACACACACACACACACACACACACACACACACACACACACACACACACACACACACACACACACACACACACACACACACACACACACACACACACACGUAAGUGAGGUACUGAUAUCUUACUAUUUAACUGCUCAGAGAUAUCUUGGUAGGCCGACAGUUGUGAAUUAUGAAAAUUGGGGGACUUUUGGAUGACCCCCACAAAUCACAAGACCAAUUGUAGUCAUUUAAAUGUAUUAAACACAUUGAAAAAAAGCGGAAAAGGGGACAAGGGGACAUGAGCUUCAUGUAUUGUAGGUGAGCCAAUGCUUUUCUUUUGACUCACGGUACACGACGGACAGAUACGAUGAGGCUCCUAUCUCAGUCCUAAAGAAUGGGAAGCUCAAGUACACCAUUUGUCAAUAUCAUAGUGUAGUAAGACAUUUUUCGUUGGGAAAUGUUCAUUGCAAGGUUCCUUUCAAAACAAAAACAAGCAUCCACAAUGAAAAAGUGUUUAAGGCAUUGGUAUUCAUUUAUCAUCAUGUACAAAGUUGCCUAUAAAACGUUUGUUUUAUCCCAUUACUCUUGUGUUGGCAGAUAAUUCUCAUGUAGGCUAUUUGAGAACUACGCUGUUAAGAUAGAAAGACUCAAAGCAUCGUCAUUGUGUAGUGGAACCAUGAAAAGCAGUUCACCUAAGCUGAGAUCUGGUGUUUGGAGGGUGUUUGAAUGUAAACCCAAUGCCAGUGUUAUAGUACGGUGAAUGUAUUUGAAAACAGAAUGGGGAUUCAGAAAGUGGUUCUUCAGUUUGAAGGUUGGUGUUAAGAUGAAAACCAUUUCUGGUGUUUCAGUGCAUGUAAAAGGCAGCAUCUGAACACCAAAAAAACAUGUUUUGGCAGACUGACUCUCAUACAAUCAAAUGGUUUUGAAAUGACAAUGGUUUAUAGCGUAAAUAUUGAUUGGUGAUGAUUUUAUUUGAGUUUAAAAAGUUAAGAUAAUUAUGGGAAUUGAAUACUUUUCCUAGGGUAGACAAGGGCACUAAUUAUAGGCUACUGUUGCCAGUCCCAUUGUGAGAUUAGAAUGAUGUUACAAAUCAAAAUGAAAACUCUUUAUGUUGUCAAAACAUUGUCUUAGUCCACUCAGUCAGUCUUCAGGACUAAACUGUUGUGCUGAACCACCCUUCUUGUACUGAGCACAUCGGGCAUGAUUCAGACUUGCGAUAGACUUAACAUGGACUCAAUAAAAUAUGGACUUAACUCAAAAAAUGUUAAAGUCCAUGUUAAAUCAACUUAUAUUUAUUUUUGUACUUUGUUUAGAAGGAUUAGCAACAGGAGACUGAUUAAAUAGUGGAUUUUACCCACUCAACCACGCACCGUGUGAAGAACUUGGGCCCCCAUAUCAGAAUGUUUAGAUUAAAGGCAAAAUUUGAACUUCAGACAUUGUGCUUCUUUACUGUUUAGAAUUGCUCCAGUCUGGAGCAUGGAGGUGGAGAGAGGGCAUUCGUAUCUGGUGUGCCCUCUAAGCAAACUCUAUGGUCAAGUAUAAAAACAGGCAAGUAUGCGGGCACCUCCCCUUUAUUCAGGUCCUUCACGAACUCAUACAGGAAAGAGCUCAACAAACGCUGAGGUGAAAUGCUCCAAAAUAAUCCAAGAAACUAUGCGUCAAUGACAAUGUGAGUACAAAACGUUAUUACACUGAAGAAAGAAACAGAAAAGGAAUUCACUCAACAAGAACUAGCGAGCAGAUCUGAUCCACUUGCUUACAGCUAGUGAUGUUAGGUUUCAUACCGGCGCUCCAAGGUAUGCGUCGAAAUCGCAAAGCAGCUAACCUCGAAGAUGUCUGCCGAUGCGUCUGCCGACUUUAUCAGCAGUACGUCAUUAAUGACCUCUGAAGCUUUGUUUGAUCAAGUGCUUUUUCAAACCGUGUGUUGCAAAACGCAAGAUCCCACUGAUCAUGCCGUUGUUCUGGUGCCUUUUCCGAUUCCAAGCUGAUUUCAGACACUGACCUCUACUGGACACUGUACAUACAAAUACAGUUAGGAUUUUGUACAAAAAGUUUCACCUAGCCGGUAGUUUAGCAGAUAGACGAGGGAACUAUGUAACAGUCAUGGACGUGAGGGUUCGGGUCGAAUCCCGUUGAAGGCACACUAUGUAGAAAACUAUUCUUUCUGCACUGUUGCUCAAAUUUGUUUUAUAUAGUAUAAACUUCUGUCUUACGCAUCCUAGAUAAUGCCAUAGAUUCAGUUUUUUCAAAAUAGUCAAGCAUGAUGUAAGAUGUGAACCUAGUAUUCCAACUGAUUAGGCUACUAAAGCCAAUGACAUACAGCUGUGCCACGAUGCUAUAAUGAAAACAAUGGGUGAAAAAAAUAUCUCUGAUAAUCACACACUGCUAUUUAUUGCUGACCAGCAGAGGUCACUAAUGUGCAUUGGGAACAUCAUAAAACGCUGCAUAAUUAACAGUUUAUCGGCACAAUUUGGUGAAAGCGCCAAAGCCUCGGUUUCCCAUCACUACCUAUAGCUGCACUAGGGUCAGACAGGCUUCCUGUGUAGAUUAAGACACUCUGGAGCUGGCGCGAGAUAUGGCUCGGAAAACACACCUCAAUUCAGGGAGGACAAAUGUGUUGCAUUCCGAAUUGUCCUCUUAUCCCUACUGUUACACCGAAAAUAUUGUUUUUAUUCUCAUGCUAGCUAGCAGUAGCCACAGCAGCCAUUGUGGAAUGGCAUGUCGCAUUGAACAACAAAGGAGCUGAUUUGUUGACACGGCCAUUCCUAAAUGGCUGCUGUUGCUUCUGCUGCCUAAUAUUAGGACGAAAAGGACCGUUUUCUGGAAAAACUAGCAUUCGUUAAAUCUUCUACACGUAACAGUUGGGAUAAUGGGACAAUUAGGAGCACAAGGCACUUCUCAUGCCUGGAUUGAGGUACGUUUUCCGAGCAAUAUCACUCCGGCUCCGCAGUGUCUUAAUCUACACAGGAAGUCUGUCCGACUCUUAUACAGUUGUAAGCAAGCGGGUCGGAUCUGCUGGCUAAACAAGGGCGUUUGUUUUGAGUAGCAUUUCGGCUGCUAACGGUUGCUGUACGCUUAUAGUCAAACAGACAUUUUGAUUCGUUGGUUCGUUUUCUUAAUGCUACAUGGUAGUUAACCGACACGUCGUGCAGAUGUUUUUAUGCAAAUGAAGGCCUGUUUUUUUGGCUUGCCAGGUAUUUCUUUUGUUUGGCUUGCCUACUAGCUUUAUAUAUUGUUUGAUGCCUGCACCACAUGCUAUAUGUUACACUAAAUAGUCACUGCCAAUUUAGACUGUUCUAGCGUUGGCCUGCCUCGCCACAUGUUACUGCAUCCCACUUUUGACAUUCAUAUUGUUCAGUUGUUGCUAUGUCUACAUAGCUUCAUCAAUGUAUAUGCAUUUUGCUAUUGAUGUUUAAUAAUUGUAUAUUUGUAUAGCAAUGUAUGAAUAUUAUAUUAGUUAAUAACUUCAUUAUGCAUUCAUGCACCAUCAUUAUUGCUUGUUAUUAUUAUUUGCCUGUAGAGAAACAUACGUACUACGUUACCAACAGGCUGGCCAUACCUAACUAAAGGAAUCAAGACAAGGAUCACAGACUAAUGCCGUCUGACCUGUCAACUGUCAAUCAUAUCGUUAAACUCUACUCUACUGUGAUUCAAUACAUCUGAACAACCUUCCAUGUACCAUCUUCUGAAUUUAAAGACUGAAUUCAAAUACAUUAGCAUAAUGGAUGACUGGUGUAUCGCAUUGAGCCCUGGGCUGAAGUUUUGUAUUAGUAGUCGUUGCCUGUAUUUUUGUCCAGGAAUCUGAAGUAUAAUGGCAUAUUUCCCUGGAUUUAGAAGAAUAUGAUUAAUACCGUACAGAUCUUUGAACUGUCUUGAUCAAUAUUUAAAAAAUGUAAAAGACC